GCAGCGGUGGGAAAUUAAUUAAGUUAAUGUUGAUAUAGUGCCGUGUUUGCUUUGAUUUACUAUAAUAAAAGUAGUAAACGGUGGAUUGCAUAUUUAUUCGCAAUGGAGCAUGCAAGACCCCCGCCGGAACUCAGUGUGGAUGGCAGCCCAGUCAGCCGGGCUGACGCGUGGAAGAAAUGGAAGACACAAUUUCAGUUAUUCAUAAAAGCUGCAGGUGUGCAUAAGGAAGACCCAGCAGUACAAGCUAGCUUAUUGAUCAAUUUAAUAGGAUCGGACGGAUUUGAUGUUUAUCAAACGUUUACUUUCGAAAAGGAAACCGAUCGCGAUGACGUUGCAGUUCUAUUGAAAAAGUUUGACAGCUACUUUGGUGUGAAGCCGAAUAUUACAUUAGCCAGAUACAACUUUUUCACAAGAAACCAAGUUGAAGGGGAAUCGAUAAAUCAAUACGUCACGGCAUUGAAGCUUUUAACUAAAACUUGUGUGUUUUCAUUGCUGGAAGAGGAGUUGAUCAGAGAUAGAAUCGUGUGUGGCAUAAGAAAUACGGUCGUUCGAGAUCGCUUACUGCGUACGGACGAGCUAACUUUGGAAAAGGCGAUAAAAAUAUGCCAAGCCGACGAAGUUUCAAUGGAUGGCACGCGCCAGCUAGAAACUCGUGCAGGUAGCUCGAGCGGAGCGUCCAUCGAUGCGGUGGAAGCGCGCGGCAGAGAUCGCGCCUCUGGCAGCCGGCGAUGGAACGCGUACAGCAGUGGAAGUCGUGCGGCGCGCGGCGCGCCCGCGCAUCGGCGCGGAGGUCAUGCCGCCGGUCGGGUGGAAACCCGAGCAGCAGCGGCGUGUAAGCAUUGUGGGCAGUUUUGCGAAUCGCGAUUUCAGUGUUUUGCGGCGGGCGUAAAGUGCUAUUUAUGCGGUGGGCAAAAUCAUUUUGCCAGGAUGUGUAGUGAUCGUGCUAAAAAAGUUUACGACAUCGAUGUUUAUGCGGAGAAUGACGGGGUAAAUUCCGAUAGUGAUAGUGGCGAGUCGUUUUUUAUAUCAAUGAUAGCGAACACCUCGCAACGUAGAUAUGCGGAGGAUUGGUUUGAAACAUUGACUGGUGAGUAUGGCGUCGAAAGAUUUAAGCUGGAUACGGGAGCAGACAUAAAUGUUAUUUCUUUCGAAAGAUUUCUAUUGUUAGGAUAUAAUAUCAGUGUAAUAAAUAGAAAGACUAAUGUCAAACUUCAGUCAUACAGUGGUAAUAUUAUUCCUAUAAAAGGAAUAUGUGAUUUGAAUUGGUGGUAUAAACACAAAUUAUAUAAAUUGAAGUUUGCUGUAGCGAGCAUUAGCUGUCAAAGUGUUCUUGGAAGGCAAGCUUGCACGGAGUUAGGUUUGGUAAAGCGUGUACACGAUAUAAAUCUUUCAUAUUAUGAUAACUUAUUCCGUGGCAUAGGCUGCCUUCCCGGUACAUAUAGUAUAGUUAUAGAUAAGUCUGUGAGUCCUGUAGUUAGCGCUCCGCGUAAAAUACCUUUAAGCCUACGAGAUAAAUUGCAGGUGGAACUAAAGAGAAUGGUUGAUUGCGGCGUGAUUAGAAAAGUUACUCAUCCCACUCAGUGGGUUAAUUCAUUGGUAAUUGCAGCUAAGAAAAAUGGUGGUAUAAGGCUGUGUCUUGACCCUCGGCCGCUGAAUUGUGCGAUUCAACGAGCGCACUUUCAGUUGCCGACGAUUAAUGAGAUAGCCACCAAGCUUACUGGUGCGCAAUAUUUUUCUGUUUUGGACGCCAACUCUGGUUUUUGGGCAAUUAAACUAGAUAGCAAAAGUGCGGAUUUAUGUACAUUCAGCACGCCAUUUGGGCGAUAUCAGUUUCUAAGAUUGCCUUUUGGUUUAAAUUGUGCAUCUGAGGUUUUUCACUCAACACUUAAACAAUUAUUAGAAGAUUUGGUUGGAGUAGAUUUGUUCAUUGAUGAUAUUAUUUGUUGGGGAAGGAAUAAAAAUGAGCAUGAUCAGCGGCUUACUGCUUUAUUAAAUAGGGCACAAGAAAUUAAUUUAAAAUUUAACAAAGAUAAAUGUAAAAUUUGUGUCACUGAAGUGGUCUAUUUAGGACAUGUUUUUAACAAAAACGGAAUGAAACCGGAUGCAGAUAAGGUAAAGGCUAUUAAAAAUAUGCCUAUUCCAAACGAUAAAAAAUCCUUAGAGAGAUUUUUGGGUGCUACUAAUUACUUGUCAAAAUUUAUUCCCAACUAUUCGAAUUAUACCGUACAACUUACUCAACUGUUAAAAAAAGAAUCUACAUGGUAUUGGGAUAAUAUUCACGAUAGGGCGAUUUCGAAGUUAAAGGAAUUAGUUAGCAGUGCUCCGGUACUAGCUCUGUAUGACGUCACGCGGCCCGUGGUGUUAUCGGUGGACGCCAGCAGCGUCGCGCUCGGUGCAGUGCUGAUGCAAGACGGUCGUCCGGUCGAGUACGCGUCGCGAACGCUGACGGAUACACAGACUAGGUACGCCCAGAUCGAGAAAGAGCUUCUCGCCAUAGUGUACGCUUGUGAAAAAUACCAUCAAUAUAUAUUUGGAAAAAAAAUCUGUAAUUGUAGAAACGGAUCAUAA